UGGACCACUCCUCUUCAAUGGCUGUGCAAAGUUGCUGGAUAUUGGCGGGACCUGGAACACGCUUUCGUAUACGCUGAUCCACAGCAUCCCAAACAUUCUCAAUGGGUGACAUGUCCGAUGGAGAAAAUAUACCAAAUCCUCGAGCAAAACCGACUGGAGAAGUACUACAAUGGCUUUUGCAAUGUUGGUGUCAAAGAUGAGAGAGAUUUCAUUGAUGGAAUAAAUGAUGAAACUCUAGUUAACAUGGGUUUUACUCAAGUAGAGAAGAAUCGAUUUAAAAAAAUGAAAGAAGCCAUCCAAAGAUUCAGAGCACCACAGCAAGAGGUGUACAAAACAUCAAGUAACAUGCAAAAAUCAUUGAAGACUUUCGUCUUGCGGUACACCUACCCUCACUGUGCUGAGCCCAAAGAAAUCAGAGACAUGGAUCCUGCCCAUAACACAGUGGAAGAUCUGAUGCUAAGGAUUUGUUACCAAGAGGGCAUUGGGAACUCUAAAGCUGUGUGCCUCUACACAGUAGAAGGGAUGCCUUUAACCGAUGAUCCUUUCUUCAACACAUGGUCAUUGACAGACAGGCAUAUUGAAAAUGGAAAUGAGCUUUAUGCAAUUUUUACACCCAAGGAGAACUUAGUAGUCAACUUACAAGUCCCUAAAAGGCCACAGCAAGAGCUGCUAGACAUUUCAGGAGAGGAUAUUGUUCAAUGUCACAUCAUGCUCAAAGGGGACUAUGAAGUCAAAAUGGACUUGGAAAGUGACACAAUUAAAGAUUUGAGACAGAAGCUGUCUAAUGAAAGUGGAAUCCCAGAAAAUGUUCUCCAUUACAAAAGUAACCCUGUUGGUGGCACCUUGAAAGCAGCUGGAAUCAGUGCAGAAUCACCUGUGCACUUUUAUUUAACCUCUUUCCCUGAAGACAAUCAAGAUUACCAUGAAUCCGUAAAUUUCUUCUAUAAUGACAUCACUCCUUCAGUGCAACAAACUCAGAAGGGACUCAGUACUUUCUAUUCUACACUUCAUACCAUUAAAUACAAGUAUUCUGGAGAUGGUUUCAAGAAAGUGAUUGGAUACAUUCGGAAACUCAGUGGAUGCAAUCCUCUGGCCCAAAGUCUGUAUCAGCAGAUGUGCAAAAAUAUCAUGGGAACUAAGACCCAGAAGUUUUGA